ACGCGUAAAGAUGCGCUGCUCUAUUUUUAGUCCAUUGCUUAUUGGGUAGUCGAUUAAAAAGGUUCAGCGUAAUGACGUGAUGAGUUUAUAAGAAGUUUUCAAACCUAUCUCGUGGAGUGAAGAAGAUUAAUGGAUUUAAUUUGUGAAGCUUGUUAGAAAUUGGACUUUCGAAGACUUAUCGAUAACUCGUAUAGAUCUACUUCAUUACAUCGAACUUUUUAAAACGGGUAUAAAAAUGAACAUCGAAAUCUUGUGAAUAAAAAAAUAGUUUACUAUAAAUACAUACAAAUUUAAUAACAAUUAAUGGACUUUAAUUCAGGAAUAUAUACGAUCUAUUUUAGUGUGUGUUUUUUCUAUGGUAAGCGUGGAGAAAACCCUUAUUAUAUUGGGAAUAGUGUUCAUACAGAAUAAAUGUGAUGGCUAGAAAUACAUAAACACAGUUAAAGCAUCCCUUGGGAUGUUGAAAAUUCAUUUGAUUUAUUACUGUGCGGAUUUUAUUGCGUAUAAAUCUAUUGUUCUCUGAGUGGAAAUGGGGAUAUUGUAAUCGACGACAAAGAUAUUCAAUCAAUAGUCAAAGCAGUAAUUGGAUCAUUAAAAAUUGAACGUUUUUUUUACUCCAGAUCGCCAAUUACGAGAUUAAGAUACGCAAAUGUUAAUAUAACUGAGAAUAUUUCAUUAGUUUUUUUUGUUUCAAGUGAAAAGGCAAAACUAUUAACGGUAUAAAACAUCCUAAAACAGAAACACGAUAAUAUUUUUGAAUUCCAAUUGACUAUUAGAUAUAUAGAUCAAAUAAUGUGUUGUUUGCUUUGAACAUGGGCACAUUUUCAAAAUGUGUAAGUUAAAGCCGACGAUUUUUGCAUGAAUGUGUGACAAAACUUUGUUUUUAAAAAGAUAGCUGUGAUAUAAAUUUAUAAUAAGGAUAGAAUGUACACAAUGGAUCGAAAUAGCGGACAUAUGAAGAGCAAUCUCUUGUGCUUAUGCAUUCUGCUGAUUUUGGAUUUACGGACACUUUCAUCAGCAUUCGACCUCGCCACAUGCCAUGCCCAACUCGGGAUGGAGGACAACAGGAUCCCGGAUGAGGCUCUCACCGCAAGCUCUACACACAACCACAAGUCCGUGGGGCCACACAACGCCAGGAUACGCCAAGAGAAAAAUGGCGGUGCUUGGUGUCCAAAUGGCUUCGUGACCAAAGACUCCUAUGAAUACUUGCAGAUCGACCUUGGCAGACUGAUGGCGAUCACCAAGGUCGAAGUACAAGGUCGAUUUGGAAAUGGACAGGGGAUGGAGUUUGCGGCCGAGUUCCUUCUUGAGUACCAGAGGCAGGACGGUGGCGAGUGGAUCCGCUUCCGAAACAAGUUAGGGAAUGAGCACUUUGAAGGCAACGAGAACACGUACCUGGAAGUGAUGCGUGACGUGUCCCCGCCAAUCAUCGGCAAGCGUAUACGCUUCAUACCGUUCUCGCAGAAUUCGAAGACCGUGUGCAUGCGCGUAGAGAUGUACGGAUGCCCUUGGUCAGAGGGGCUACUCUCUUACUCAAUGCGUCAAGGUGAUACCCGCGGUUCAGAGAACGACUUUUUCGACUUCACAUACGACGGAACCCUGGACCCGGAUGGGUACCUGUAUAGGGGCCUAGGGCAACUCACGGACGGGGAGAAGGGCGAAGCGAACUUUCGCCUCGCCAACGGCGACACGAACAUCAAAGGUUACGAGUGGGUUGGGUGGAGGAACGACACGACGCACGGCGAAGGUCCCGUCGAGAUCACGUUCCAAUUCGAAACCGUUCGCAACUUCAGCUCCGUGAAGCUCACGUGCAACAACUACUUCAGCAAGAACGUUCGCGUGUUUCGCCAGGCGCUCGUCUUUUUCAGCGUCGGGGGCAUGUUCUACAUUAAUAACCCCGUUACCUACGACUACAUGCAGGACAGGGCACUCGAGGCUAGCAGGGAGGUGAAGAUCGAUCUUGGUCACAAGUUGGGCAAGUUCGUGAAGUUGAAGCUCGCCUUCGACGCCAAGUGGAUCCUUAUCAGCGAGGUGGAGUUUGAGUCAGUUCCGGCCGAAGGCAACUUCACUAUAGAAGAGGAGCCAAAGGCUACCAUGUCUGACCCCACCCCGGCCCCGAACGUCGAUAAAACCGCCAAAGAUGAACUGCGUAUAGUAGACGUUAACGUGGAGUCAUCCGAUAUAGGUCUUUUUCACGGCGACGCAAACACAUCGCGUGAUGACGGCAGUGUUACGUCAAAGACGGCCGGGGAGAAGGCGUCGGCGACCGAGGAUUACGUCAGUAUAAUCAUCGGCGCCCUUGCGGCGCUCAUUGUUAUACUCACCAUUGUCGUCAUCUUCGUCGUCAUCCGUUACCGUCGCCGACGAAACCAAAACCGUCAGAGCCUCAAGCCCGUCUCCGACACUGUGCUUAACAUAAAUCUGAACAACUUCCAGAAUAACAUCACCAACGGGAAGGUUUCCAAUGGCAACGUGUAUAACGGCGUUGCCACGGAGGAAGACGAACACGUUAAGGACGUUAACGGAAAAGCACUUCCGCCCAUGACGUCACCAAUGACGCCGGUGACGACGUCACAACAUUCCACUGCAAAGUCAAAGCAUCAGAACUCCGCAUUGAACGCCCUUGACAAGCCGCCCACGUACGACGCGCUUUACGCAGCAUCUGACGUCAUCAGUUCUUGCGUUCCCAACAUUCCUAGCCUGCAGGGCGUUAGCGGAAAUAACGUUUACGCUGUACCGAACUCUGAUAUUCUAGUCAGCAGCGUAGAUUGCGCUCUCGUGGAAUUCCCGCGGAGAAAUCUGAGAUUUGUUGAGGUUCUUGGCGAAGGCGAAUUCGGAGAGGUACACUUGUGCGAGGCUUUCGGCCUGUCGGACCCCAUGCUGCCCGGCAGCGAGUACAUGAUGGGCCGCCGACGGAGUGGGCCGGUGCUCGUGUCCGUGAAGAUUCUUAGAAAGACCGCCGACGACCGAGCCAGGUCCGACUUCCACCGAGAGAUGAAGGUGAUGUCAAUGCUGAAGGAUCCGAACAUUGUGAGGGUGCUAGGCGUGUGCACCACGGAGGAGCCCCUGUGCAUGAUCGUCGAGUACAUGAAGUACGGCGACCUCAACCAGUUCCUGCUCGAGCACGUGUCCGAGACGCACGUGCAGACGCCGAACGCCAAAAUAUUGAGCUACGGUUGCCUGGUGUACAUGGCCUCUCAGAUAGCCUCCGGUAUGAAGUACCUGGAGUCUCUGAACAUGGUGCAUCGCGACCUCGCCACCCGGAACUGCCUCGUAGGCCCCUUCUGCACCAUUAAGAUAUCCGACUUCGGAAUGAGCCGGAGUCUCUACAGCGCCGACUACUACCGGAUUGAGGGACGCGCCGUCCUGCCGAUACGCUGGAUGGGUUGGGAGUCGAUCCUACUGGGCAAGUUCACAACUAAAAGCGACGUAUGGUCAUUCGCGGUGACGCUUUGGGAAAUACUUACAUUUGCGCGUGAGCAGCCGUUCGAAGGCAUGACGGACGAAGAAGUGAUUUCGAACGCCGGACAUUACUACCGUAACGACAAUGAGCACGUGGUCCUCUCCCACCCUCCAAACUGCCCCAAGGAGAUUUACGACCUUAUGUGCGAGUGCUGGAACCGACAGGAGAGCGAGCGACCGUCGUUCAGAGAAAUCAAUAUGUUUUUGUGUAGGAAAAAUAUGGGGUACGAUCCCAGACAUGAUAAUCUAGAUCAUGUUAGUUAAAUAAAUUGGUAUCGCAUGUCUAAUUAGUAGUUGUACGUGAUUUUGUGCUUUGUGCAUAGCAUAAAUCUCGGGACGAACGGCUCUAUUUUAAACUGGCUUAGUGAAGUUCGGAUGUUUGUGACGUCACUUUUGUCUGGCAUGGUGGCAAUCAACAAAUCACCUGAGGACAGUAACACUAAUGAUGUAGAUAAAUGUGUUACUAUUGGCAAAAGAUGCUGACAGCGCUAUGUUUGAUUUUCCAAUGACGUCAUCGGUGUCGUGUCUUCUAGAAACAGGCAAAGAGGAGGCAUUUUGAUGUCGUCAUUAACGUCAUAUCUUAUUGGACGUGAAUCUGCGAAACUUAAGAGAAACUGACACGGACAGAUACGUGGCAAUAUUCCAUUGUGUUAUGUACAAAAUCGUGUGCUUACUAUUCAGUAGUAGUUUUACAUAUAAUGACAAUUAGUAUAUAUAAUUAUGUUUUACAGUUAUAUGUUUCACUAAACCAGCUAUACUAUACUUGUGACGUCAAAGUUAAUUGUGCGUACAAUGUAAAUCUAGCGUUUAUUGAAAUACAUAUUAAAAACAACGGUUUGUGUUUUAAAGCUGACUUAAGCGACGAUUUUGUUUGUCGCAUCGCUGGUUUAAUAGUUAACAUUUUCCGGCGAUUGUCUUUGCCUCUAUUUUCAUCAUGGUUUAUAGUAUACAUACUAUUAUUUAAAGUUGUUGGGGACUAGCAUUUCUAAUUACAUGAAUAAAACACAUCGGUCACAUUGAUUGGCUUAGUGAGUUAUGUACAUUUAACUUACAUACGUGUAUAGUGAUUUUAUGUAUUACAUAAUGUGUAAAUAGUAUGUUAUUUAUAUUAUUAUGUGUUAAACUUUGCACGCAUUUGUUAUUCUUACAAUUACAACUGCACUGAUAUUUUCUGGCAUCAAAUCUUAUUUGAUGAGCUUUGUGAAUGUAGUUUUAAUAUUUAAUAAUCAAUUGUCGAUUGUUGUCUAAAACCAAAAAAAGCACACACAGACAAACGCUUUUCCAUUAUAAAAAUAUGCAUAUCCGUUCUCGAAAAACGCAUGUCCGAAAACUAUAUUAAAUAUACGUAAGCGCUAUUCUUUUCAAUGGCUUAUUUUGCGUUGACCUUAAAACCGUCUGCAUCUCCGAAUGAAUAAUGGUAUAACUCGUAAAAACAUACUUUACAGCUACGUAGGCUUUAAUGAAUAUUUACUUAAUACAUUAUUAACCUAGAUUAGAUAAUGGUUGUCCCUUUAGAUUUAGGGCGUAUUGUAACGUGACUGUUGUGAUACUCGGUAGUCAUGGUAACGUUAUUGUUGUAAGUUGACAUUCUGUACGAUGGAUUAUACAUCAUGUUGUGUUUCCCAAGGUUGUGAACUUCCCAAAACUAACGAAGCAUGGCUGGUUGUGCGGGUAAUACGAGUGCAUUUGAAAUCACGUGACUGUUUGUUAGGGUCAAAUUUGAAGUUGUUUGAAAUCGUGUUUUUGUUUGCUAGGGUCAUAUUUAAAGUCAUUUGAAAUUACGUUGUAGUUGGAUAAUAUGAGUUCAUUGAGGAAUAAAAGUCCUAUUUAAUAAGACAGUGUGAUGUCACGUGAGUGUAUGUUCGGAUCACGUGUGAGGUCAAAUGGCUUGUACUGGUCAUGCGAAUAUGUGAUCACGUGAUCUUGCGAAUAUCACAGGGGGGCAUGAUUUGUACAUAUAUUGUGAAACGAUAUUACACGGUGAUUGUCAUGGAAAAGUUAUAACAAGCUACAUCUAAUUGUUUAAGAUCAUGUGACCGGAAAUUACAGUUUUUGAAUCACGUAACUUAAUCUGUAAUAUGAUACGUGGCAUAUAUAGGUAAAUCAACAUUGCAUUACUUGUAUAAUUCAUUUUACUUUCACUUUAUGCUUCCGCGGAUAUGUCCGUGACUAAUAUCAGGUGUUUUCCAGACAACAACCAUUAACAUGAUAUCCUUUUUUGUAUCAUUAUUAUAUGCAUGUUAUCAUACAACGACAUCUAUACGUUAAGAUAUUGUAAAAGCAUUACAACACGUUUUACGAGAAAUGCCAAGCGAUUACAUCUUCAUAAACAGAAAAUAUGCAUAUCGUAGAAAACGUGCAUACUGUUUUAUAUACGUCUAUACUUCCUUUGUUUUGUCUUAAUAAACUGCAUGCACGUAUAUCAAAUUAUUAUCAACAUGUGAAUGAUGGAGACAAAAUAUGUGACGCAUUUUAUUGUAUAAUUUAAUAAUGUUAUCAGUUGUUAAAUAAAACAGCGUAGUUCUAUUCGUUCUCACAAUUUUAUCUUCAUAUGCACAUUUUUCCAGUUUAAUAGAAAUUUCUUUAUUUAGAUUAUCAUACAUUUGUUGUACAUGUUCCAUAAUUUCAUGAUAAAUACAAUACGAUUUCAAUAGAACUUGUUUAUGCUAGGGGUCGUAUUUCAGAAUCAUUUUAAGUGAUAUUUUAUGACUUGAGAUUCCACUCUUUAUUUACCUGUUUAUUGGUUGCACAUAGCCCUAAAAUUCUUACUUUAAAAGUUUCGGAUGUAUCCAGUAUCAUUUGUGUUAUUAAAUAUUGUUUUUUUUGUAUCUGCCAAAGGUGUCACACAUCAAUCGAUAAUAUAUAAUUUUAUAACCAAAGUUGAGUUGUUAACAUAAGUUAAGUCACCUGAUUGAAAAUGUAAACAAAUUAACUUAAGAUGUUUUUGGAAUACACCCCUGAUACGGUUACGUAAACAAUGAAGCUCGAUUAUGUUUUAUUGCAUUGUGACAUAUUUCCUAUUUAUAGAUGAUCAGAACUACAUCUUCUUUGUUGUCUUAUAAUAGCAACGGCCAAAAAGCUCUUCGGCUUGAAUCACUCAAUAGAUAGAUUCCUUCAUUCGCUUUACUUAUGCAUAUCUUAACCUCUUAAAUCCUGAAUUACGUCACUGUAGACCGUGCGACGCCCACCAAACAAGCGUUUAAUUAGAUAGAACAAUUUGAUUUCAUGUUUGACAAGCAUUUUAAUUAAUUUGGAGUGAAAUUCGAUUAAAUAAUUUGUUGCCUUCAUCGAAUAACAUUUGCAUACAUUUAGCGCUUAGUGUGUUUGGUCAUUGCUUUUAUAGGCGGCAGUUGUUUCAAGCCUGUUGAUACGUUAGAGGUUUAUUCUUGUCUACCACCGUUACUUGUGUACUUUUUUUGGUGAUCAUUUCAUGGAUAGUGAAUGCAUGUAUGGGUCGGUGAAAAACUGGCACUUAUUUUCUAAAUAAAAUAUUAAAAAUCUA